AUGGCAAUCUCACAGCAAGGACCCCUCCCCGUCAUCAUCGUCGGCGCGGGUGUCAGCGGCCUGCUGCUUGCGCAGUAUCUCCGCAAGAACAACAUCCCCUACCGUAUCUACGAGCGCGACACGGACCUCACGACCCGCGGCGUCGGUUGGGGCCUGACGCUGCACUGGUCUCUCCCUGCGCUACGAUCCUUGCUGCCAGAUGAUCUUGUUGCGCGGCUGCCCGAGGCCUACGUUGACCAGGCUGCCGUCGCUAGGGGUGAGGCAUCUGCGUUUCCUUUCUUCGAUUUGAGCACCGCCGAGCUGAAAGGCGCCAGCCCCCGUGCCCCGGAGAGCCUAAGGAUUAGAGUUACGAGGGAGAGGUUGCGCCGUUUGGUGGCUACAGAUAUCGAUAUUCAGUGGGGGAAAGGCUUCACGAGAUACGAAGAAAAUGAAACCGGUGUCGCUGUCUACUUCGAAGACGGCAGCUCGGUGGCCGGUCGCGUGCUCAUUGCUUGCGACGGGGGUCCCUCCCGUGUCCGGCGCCAACUCUUCCCGGAACAACACGAGAGACACCGGAUCCCGGUCCGGGUGCUUGGUCUCAAGUUGCAAUUGACUCCCGAAGAGAUGGAGCCAAUCCGAAAGCUGGACCCCUUUUUCCUGCAAGGUGCAUCAUCUCGGAAUGAUACAUUUCUCUAUCUCAGCAUGCUUGACGCCCCUGGAAACAACGACGACAGCACGGGCAAGUACAGCUGCCAACUGUGCGUCUCAUGGCCGGAUCGUCCGGGCUUCCUGGGUAAGCCGGAGCCGGUCGGCUAUCCGCAGACGGACGCCGGCAAAGUCGAGCUCAUCAGGUCUUUUGCCGAAGGGUGGUCGGAGCCGUUUCGCUCCCUUGCACUCGGCAUUCCCGCUGACACUGACGUGAAACACCUCGAUCUCUACGACUUCCCUCCGCCAAAGGGGUUGAGGUCCAAAGGGAGGGUUGUGUUGAUGGGCGAUGCCUUUCAUGCGAUGGCGAUGUACAGAGGCGAGGGUGCCAACCACGCCAUCCUCGACGUUCUCGACUUUGCAGAGACCGUUGGGCCCAAGUUGAGCGGCAGUAACAACAGCUUCGCGGACCUUCGAGCCGUUCUGGACAUUUACGAAGAUGCUGUGGUCUCCAGAGCCCGACCCGGCGUGUUGGCGUCGCGGCGGGCCUGCAUGGAUGCGCACGACUGGCCCAAGAUUAGCCCUACGAGUCCGCUCCUCAGCAAGCGGGAGAUGAAGCUUCAGUUUGAUGAAGAGUAA